AUGACGAAGGACCCAGCAUCGUCUGCAUCAGAAGAUCUCAUUAAUGUAACCGUUCAUCAGGAAAAUCCAUCCAAUGCAAAACAAAGAGAACCUCCCCCGGCAAGGCCACCAUCCGUUUCCGCCACCACGGAGUAUAGCGCUCGAAGGGCAGCCACACGGCCCAUUCGCCAAGAAGAGGAAGACUUUCGGCUAACACCCAGCAAGAAUACUAGUAUCAGCGGCACUUUUAGAAGCAACCGCAUGAAGAACCAUUCUCUCGUCCAGCAAGUGGAAUAUCUUUCCAUCCAAAACUCCAAUCAGCAAAGCUCCUUUGAAACGUUACUCAAGUUGGAAGACGAGCGUCGGCAACAGAUUGCUAGCGCAAAAAAGGCAAACGACCAACCGACUCCAAUCUUUUGGAGUAUCUUGGGUAGUUCGGUCUUGUUGGCCAUUUCUUCCUUUCUCUGGGAUCCCUCCUCGGCGCAAUCCCUUUGGAAAACAGUCCUGAACAAAAAGUUUCAAGCUGCCUUGGCCGUGGCGUGGCUCCCCUGGGUGUGGGCGCAUCCUGGUAAACUUGCCUUGGUGGACUUGCUGAUCAUUGUUCAAUUCAUGCGACAACCUGCCAUGUUGCCCUAUCUUCAAUACGAGGUCGUUCCCAUUAUUGGCAAGACCAUUCGAACCAUGUUGCUCACCGAGCUGUGGACGCGCACAUGGAAAUGGUUCUUUCCUCAGUGGGAUAAACUACGUUCGCAAGUAGCAAAGCAAUUAAAAACAAAAGACAACGACGACAAUCCGAGCAGUGGCAGCAAUCAACAACAGUACGAGCCCUGGACCAUUGGCCAUGUUUCCUGGCCCCAGAAAAUGCUGGGCGACCCACCGUCCUGGUUGGUGGAAACGCACAAGUUCUUGGUGGGAGGCGUUCGCAGAGGCAUCAAGAGUGCCUUUAAAAAGUCGAUCCAAGAAACCCUCAUGACCUCUUUUUCGGUUUGGAAAGCUGCCUUGGAAGAACAAAUCAUUGCAAGGUUGGCGGUGGACUGA